GAGAGAAGUUUCCCUCUAGAUCCCACCAUGGCCAAGUUGAUCCUGUCUGUCGCUGUUUUGUUUCUCUGUGGAGCUCUGGUGGCUGGGGAGAGGGACGUCCGCAGCUUAGCUCUACUGGAAUCAUUGCUGGGAAGUGCCACAGGGGGUUCCACGCCUCCACCAUCCCCUCUCAAGACUCUGUAUGAUUCGUUGAUUGCCAAGUUGAAGGCCGACCCGUUCUACUCCACCCUUGUCAGCAGAAUAGCCCCCGAGAACUACAGCACAUACCUGCCGCUGAUCCAGACAGCUUUAAACAGGAACCCAGAAUUGGCCGCAGUCGUUGAACAACUGAAAGCGCUUGGCUAGAGGAUGACAUGAAGAUGACAUGAAGAUGACAUGAAGAUGACAUGAGAAUGACUAAAGGAUGACUGACACACCUAACUGGGCUACUGAGAUGUUUUCCGAAGGUUUU